GGAGAGAAGAAAGAAAGCUCGAGGCGGCCGGAAACAGCUGACAGGUCGUACCAUUUCAUUUUAGUAGGGGUGAGAGUGUGUCGUCUUCGAAAGAGGAUCAUAUUCCGACCUUGUCGACAGGGUGUCUGGAAGUUUGACGCAAGCUGGCAGGAUAACAGAUGGAUGGUUUUUCCCGAGGAUGGCUGCUGCUACUGCUCCUGCUGUCGCCGCUGCCGGUGGCUUUGUCGUUAGGCAAGGGGCAGUGACGGGAAUGGACGGAUGUGGCCGACAUGGACGAGCAUCUGGAGCCACUGUGAAGGUCCUUGAAUGUGGAGUUUGUGAAGAUGUCUUCUCAUUGCAAGGGGAUAAGGUCCCUCGGCUGCUGCUUUGUGGGCAUACAGUGUGCCAUGACUGCCUCACUCGCCUACCAUUGCAUGGCAGAGCAAUCCGUUGCCCCUUUGACAGACAAGCUACAGAACUGGGUGACUCUGGAGUUUGGGGACUGAAGAAAAACUUUGCCUUGCUGGAACUUCUAGAACGGCUUCAGAAUGGCGCUUCCAAUCAGCCUGGUGCCUCGGAGGAGACAUCAGCAGGUUCUGGAGAGUGCAUUAUUCGCUGUGAUGAAGAUGAGAACCAUAUUGCGUCCAUGUAUUGCACAAUUUGUGCCACACAUCUGUGUGCAGAUUGCUCUCAACUAACCCACUCAACAAGAACCCUGGCAAAACACAGGAGAGUACCACUUGCAGAUAAGCCCCAUGAGAAGACAUUGUGCCCUCAGCACCAAGUACAUGCUAUUGAAUUUGUCUGUCUUGAAGAAGCUUGUCAGGACGGGCCACUCAUGUGCUGCGUUUGCAAAGAAUAUGGAAAACACCAAGGGCAUAAGCAUGCUGUUUUGGAAGGAGAAGCAAAUCAGAUCCGAGCCUCAAUCUUGGAUAUGGCUCAUUGUAUUCGAACAUUCACAGAAGAGAUAUCUGAAUAUUCCAGGAAGCUGGUUGGCAUUGUACAACAAAUUGAAGGUGGAGAGCAGAUUGUAGAAGACAGCAUUGGGAUGGCCCAUACAGAACAUGUUCCAGGGACAGCUGAAAGUGCCAGGUCGUGUGUACGAGCAUAUUUUGCAGACCUACAUGAAACGUUGUGUCGCCAAGAGGAAAUGGCGCUCAGUGUAGUUGAUGCACAUGUACGAGAGAAGCUAAUAUGGCUCAGACAGCAGCAGGAGGAUAUGACGAUUCUGUUAUCUCAAGUGUCGACAGCUUGCUUACAUUGUGAGAAAACACUACAACAGGAUGACUGUAGGGUUGUUCUUGCAAAGCAGGAGAUUACACGCCUACUGGAAACCCUCCAGAAGCAACAGCAGCAAUUCACUGAGUUAGCAGAUCACAUCCAGCUUGAUGCAAGCAUUCCUGUCACUUUCACAAAGGAUAACCGGGUACACAUUGGUCCAAAGAUGGAAAUUCGUGUAGUAACACUGGGGCUUGAUGGAGCAGGGAAAACUACUAUACUUUUUAAACUUAAGCAAGAUGAAUUUAUGCAGCCAAUACCAACUAUAGGUUUUAAUGUGGAAACUGUGGAGUAUAAAAACCUCAAGUUUACCAUUUGGGAUGUUGGAGGAAAACAUAAGUUAAGACCACUUUGGAAACAUUAUUACCUUAAUACACAAGCUGUGGUGUUCGUUAUUGACAGCAGUCACAGAGAUCGACUGAUGGAGGCCCACAAUGAACUGGCAAAGUUGCUGACAGAAAAAGAACUUCGAGAUGCUCUUCUGCUGAUUUUUGCCAAUAAACAGGAUGUGGCCGGCGUGCUGUCCGUUGAAGAAAUGACAGAACUGCUGAGCUUGCACAAGCUGUGCUGUGGUCGUAGCUGGCACAUUCAAGGCUGUGAUGCUCGCAGUGGGAUGGGACUUCAUGAAGGCUUGGACUGGCUGUCCCGACAGCUGGUGGCUGCCGGAGUAUUGGAUGUGGCGUAAAUCUGCUGCAGAGCCUCUGCACAGGGGUGAACUUUACGUCAUUGUUGUCCCCAUAAUGUGAUUGAACUGUUAAAACUGGUGCUUUGUAUUACUAAGGUAAGGCAGAAGGUGGAGAUGGGAAGCACUUUCUGGAGUAGAAGCGGAAUGAGUCAAUAGUAAUGUACCAAGUAAAUCAUUGAAAAUACCAGUGUAUUGUUCCUGUUUGUUUCUCAUGUCCACACCACCUCCUGUUUCUAGCCGAUUACGUCCAAAUCUGUGGGAGAAGAAGCACCUGGCAGGCGUCUGGGCCCUUCUGUAGCUGUUUAAUCUCGUGAGCUUCAUUAGGUUCAUUUGAGCGUACAAGUAACGGCGUUACUGUAACAGUUACUCUGUGUUUCCAGCAGCCUUUGUGAUAACAGGCAGCAAUGCUCUGUUGGUAGACUGUUGGAUGUUAAAACAUGAUGUACUUGUAGUUUUAACAGUACAUACUAAUUUGAUGUUAGAAAAACUUCUAUAGAAAAGCUUUAUUUGUAUAUUUUAUUUUGCAGUGUUGCCGUAGGUCACAGAUGAACAGAUAAAGGCUUGUCCCUUGGGUGAGCAAGUUGCGUAAACGGCUUUGUAAUGUUCUAAAGAGAAGGGCUCCGUGUGAAGCGCAGGUUAGACUUCUUCUCUUUUUAAGCUACUGUUCAGCCCAGUUCAUCAGUUUUCUUUUGUGAAACUGCAUUUUUGUUUUACAGCUGUAUGACUUUGCGACAGAAGUGCUUCUUUGAUCAUAUCUUAUGUUUUUGACUGUUUCACAGUUACCUUUAAACAUGUUACCAUGCUGCUUAACAGAAUACCAUACUCUGAUUUGAGGCCUGCAGCAUCCUUUUCAAACUUGUGGUUUCAUACUAAAGACUUGUGGCAUGUUUGCAUUUAUGCAUCUUGUGAAAACACUGCAGUGCUGUGGUGGGACACCAGCUCCUGCUCUUUGACUUGUACGGCUCACGCCAACAAGGAGAUUUGCUCCAUUAACUGAUUCAGCGCUUUUGUAACCUCUUCAGUAACGAUUGUGAUUGAGGAUUUUAUUCUGUUCAGUAAUAAAGGUCUGUUUACGGACA